AUGGCCGAGUCUUCGGAAAGUUCCGACCCUUUUAAAUGGUCGACGGAGCGGCUGAUUCAGGAGCUCUACCUGCUAAAACGAUCUCGAGAUGCAAGACCGGCAAACAAGUGGCCAGAUCUUGACAGUCUGGCAGGGAUUUUACGAGAACACGAGCUAGAUGGAUAUGAUUUGCUCACAUCCGAUGACCUAGGAGGGGAUUACCCAUUUGAUUCGCUGUGUAAAGAUCUCAAGAUUAACAAGAUUCCUCACAAGAAUACUCUUCGCUACAUUCUCAAACUGUUCAAGGAGAUCAGUCCCGCAUACCAAGACUGGAAGACAACUGAGACUGAAAGACAUAACCACGUUUCACUUCUCGACGCACAGAGUCGACAUGGAACAGAAGAAGCGGAACCCUCUCAUUCACCGGGCGGCGAUGCAGGAGAUGCUAUGAACUUGGAGGAAACAGAAACAGUAUCUGAGCACCCCCUUCAACCAGCUGCAGAAAGCCUUGCAGAUAUGCAAAAAGAUGAUAAUUCUCUCGCCACAGCAACCGCUGAUGGGUUGAGUGAUCCAGGCGACCUGGCGCUUACAUCCAAGAAACGAAAGAGAGUUGCCCCUGUCAACAUUUCUGGCUUGUCAGAUCCUCGGGCUACCAUGCGCUUUUUCCGAGCCCAAGCAGACAUCGAGACAGAUGCUACACGCGAAAAGUUAUGGCAAGCAAGUGUGCCAGGAGCAUACCUCGGUAAUUGGAAGCUCUUACAGGAAGUAUUGUUACAAACGCAAGACCCCCUGAGCCAGACAAAUGCCGUCUUGGAGAUCUCCGACUUCAGCUGGGCUGUUCCAAAGCCCAUCCCUGCAGGCCGUCGACUUCAGGUAGAGCGGAUUCUUAGAAGAUAUUUCAAACCUCAGAGGUCGAAGAUGAAUCUCGGACGACGACAAAUUCCGAGCCCCGGCACAGACACUGUAGUCCAAGAAGAGGAUGACGUGCUUCCUCUUCUAGGAGAUUCGGACGAGGACGAGGAAUAUGACUCGGAGACAUGGGCAGAGAUGGAACAAGAGGCCAGGGAACGAGCCAACCCGCAGCCUAAGAAAGACGCAUCGUUAUCUGGCGAAGCUGUUGACGCUGUCAUUAAUGAGGCUAUACGCGACAUGGAGAUCAAAUGGGCCCAGAAAAAGCUGCCUAGGCUGCAGAGAGAUAUGCAUACCCUUUGGACUGAUGCGCGACGGUCCGGGUCGCUGAAAUCAAACGUGACUGGAGAGCUUGCCGUUGCAGAGAGGCUGGGGCGCCGCAUCGCUAAUAUCACAAAGGCAAUCCGGUCAGAUGAAUGGAGAAGCGAAGCCCAGAUCCAGCGUCAGCUUGGCGUCCUUGAGGCUAGCGUCGAGGACCGAGAGCGUGCCUUGUGGAGGGCGAAAGUCUUUGCAUCUCCCAACCAGCCAGCAAAGCCUACAAUUACACGGACAUCAGCGCCUCGUACUCAGCAACGAGCCAUCCGCGUCUUGGUCGUGGACGACGGCGAUGAAGUCCUAACGAGCGCUUCUGAAGAAGAGGAUGAUGUGCAUGAUUUCAUUGUUGAUGAUGAUGAUCCGCCUGACGAUUCACAUGGAGUUCCUCCGCUGGGUGACCCGAUGCUUGUGGACAUUGACGUGCCCGUUACAGAAGGCGAUGCCCACGACUCUGACGGCGCAGGCGACGCUGGCAACGACGAAAGUAACAACAAACAAGAUCUCGCCGUAGCAUCGCCACGAUCCACGGCGAGCACCCUCUCGACUGGGUUGGAAGAUGGCGAAAAACUACCGCUAGAUGACUUGGAAGCCAUCGUGCAGAAGGGCGUCGGGUAUUGGGAGAAAUGUGGUGAUGUCCAGCGGCUUCUUUGCACGCUACUCUCUGAAUAUGACGUCGCCCCCCUGCAGCAAUUGUUCGACCUUAUGGGCCAGGAUGAGAACAUGAUCUGGAACACGCUUUGUGUCCCGGCAAUGCGCAGGACGAUCCUCCGCGGGGAAGGCGUCGAAGAGACUUCAGAAGGCACCCUUUCUGAUGUUGCUGGCGCAUUUAUCAGAUUAUUUGACAUAUUCAUAACACGCCACAGCAUUGGCGCUCGUGAGUUCUUCCCCUUGAGUGAUGAGACACGCAAUCGGCUUGAGACAAAUCGUGGCCGUAUCGGAGAGUUCUGCGUCAAAUUGCGAAUCUUGCAGCCGUAUUUUGACUCGCUCCUCCGCGCUAAAUCUUCGGUUCCGCCCAGAGCCACAGACAACGGAGCGCAGGUCAAUGGACCGGAGUUUAUCAAAGUGGAGAGCGAAUCAGUGGAAGAAGAGGAGGAUGACGACGAUAAGGACGUUCGGCCAUCCCCGUCUUACCGGCGUCGCCGGCAGAUUCGCACGGAUAAGGAAGCCCAGAGCUUGCGCGAGAAGGACAGGGCACGGGCAGAGGCCCUGGAUCGCCGACGUCAGGCUAACCGCAACAACCUGGUCCUGUCUGGGACCAUCGACCGUGAUAAGACACGACUCAUUAUCAACGAUGCGAGGGAAGAUAACCAGAGUGUCAUUUACGUCAACCCUGAAAUCGGCCUCCGCAUCCGUGACCACCAGAUUGCGGGAGUGCGGUUUAUGUGGAACCAGCUCCUCAUCCCUUCUGAGAUGCGGCAGGGCUGUCUCCUGGCUCAUACAAUGGGGCUCGGCAAAACGAUGCAGGUCAUCACACUGUUGGUGGCAAUUUCUGAAUCCGCUAUCUCGCCUGAUGAGAAUAUUGUUGCACAGAUUCCUGUUGAUCUGCGAGAGUCGAAAACGCUGAUACUGUGUCCUUCGGGCCUCGUUGAAAACUGGCUGGAUGAGAUUAGCUGCUGGACACCACCUGGGCUCCUGGGUGUUUGCUAUCCAUUGACGUCGGAGCUGAGCAGCGAGGAGCGAUAUACAACGGUCAAGCGAUGGGCCGACAAUGGAGGAGUCAUGAUUAUCGGUUACCCUAUGCUUCGGAAACUGCUCGAGUUCUUCGGAGAUGAAAUGAAGUCUCUUCUGGAGGACUCGCCUCACAUUGUCGUUGCCGACGAGGCCCAUGCGCUCAAAAACCCCAAAUCAAAGCUUCACGAGGCGACAGCCAAUUUCAAAACGACGGCGCGAAUUGCCAUGACCGGUUCUCCCCUCGCCAACUCGGUAGAGGAGUACCACUCGAUGAUAAACUGGGUGGCACCAAACUAUCUUGCAGAUCAUCGUGAGUUUGCGGCCAAGUACGCGACGCCGAUCAAAGAAGGCUUCUACCGAGACAGCACGAAGCAGCAGAAGAGACAAGCCCUGAUGCGGCUCAAAGUUCUCAAGGAUACAGUGGCUCCGAAAAUCCACCGAGCCACGGUGGCCACGCUCAAAGGAGAGCUGCCGCAAAAGAAGGAGUUUAUUCUUUACCUGCCGCUUACGGAGCUGCAGAUGCAAGUAUACGAACGCUUCAUUGAUAUUGUCAAUGACCCGGGGAUACUCAGCGACAUCAACAACACAGUGCAGCUCUGGAACCUGCUCUUCAACCUGACACUUCUGCUGGCACAUCCAAAGGUGUUCAAGCUGAGACUUGAGGAGAUGAAGUCGCACAUCCGGGAAGGCCAAAGGGAAAGAGACGCGCAUCAUCCGUCAUCAGCCUCCCCUUAUUCCGCCACACUUCCGCUUGCAGUGGUUCAGAAGUUGCUGAGCAUAGGGCAAAAACGGAACAUUGACGACUUGCACCAUUCCUCCAAGGUUAUGGUGCUCAUGGGCAUCCUCGAUGAAGCCCGUGAGGCCGGCGACAAAGUUCUCAUUUUUUCCCAGAGUAAGCUCGUGCUGGACUAUCUGGAAGACGUCUUUCAGCGGAAGAAACGGCGGUAUAGCCGGCUCGACGGCGAUACAGUGGUGCGUUGGCGGCAGGGCAUGGUGAAGAGCUUCAAUGCGGGGCGAGACGAGAUAUACUUGAUCUCGACGACUGCUGGCGGUGUGGGCCUCAACAUACACGGGGCGAAUCGGGUGGUGAUCUUUGAUUUCAAAUGGAAUCCGAUGCAUGAGCAGCAAGCUAUCGGCCGCGCCUAUCGGAUCGGACAGACGAAGCCCGUAUUUGUCUACUGGCUGAUCACGGGCGGCACAUUCGAGACUGUGCUGCAUGACCAAGCCGUGUUCAAGACCCAACUGGCGUCACGGGUGGUGGACAAGAAGAACCCGCAGGCGUGGGCAGACCAGAUACGAAACUACGCGGCCAAGCCGAGCAAAUGGCCGCUGGACCAGACGAUGGCGCGGUUCAAGGACCAGGAUGCGGUCUUGGCAGCACUCUUGCAAAACAAGGAGCUGGGAAACCACCUCUGCCGGAUCGUAUCAACGGACACGUUCGAGGAGGAGGAGCCGGAGGACAAGCUGUCGGCUGAGGAGAUCAGGGAGGCCGACGAUAUGAUCCUGAUGGAAAAGAUGCGUCACCAAUAUCCACACAUGGCACAGCAAGCGGCUAUCUAUUCCGGGGAGCGCAUGAUGGUAGACGGGACUGUGUUCGGGCCAGCUGCCUCGGCACCCGUGGGCUUUCCGUCAACCUUUUUACCGGCCUACCCGGCUCCGCACCUUGGAAACGGUCUUCGGCCACUAACACUGCCUUUAUUUGGCUCACCGGCCGGGCCGGGUCAGGCGGUGGUGCUGCAAGCUAACAACAGUCAUCCAACAGCGGCGAAUCUGCAGCCGAUGCGGAUCCCAUCCUUGACCACCGGGUCCACGGGCGCGGACAUGCACGGGCCAGCAGCACAGGGUGAACCUACCACUAACAGCAAAGACCUUCAGGCGCGGUCGCUCAUUUCGUCUCUCGAGCACCUUGGAGCGGAGCUGCGAGACAGACUUACCCAAAGGAUCAUCGAGUCAGAUGGACGAAGCGUCCCGUCUGCACAGGGCAUGGCACAGAAGCUGGUGUCUGACAUACGGACAGACAUCGGACAGCCCAGCGUGCCGACGCUGGCGCAAUGGACACGGCUUCGGGACUUGGUAAAGUCAGACGCCGUUUUUACAGCUGCGAUUGUCUCUGGACGCAUAUCGGCGAAGACGCUGGCGACGAUGAACGGGCCGGAACAGGAACGGCUGCUCGCGGAGCUGCACGACCCAUUGACGGUCCAAUCAGCGGUCCACGGUGGCGACUCCCGGGACGACAAGGAGACCAGCAAUGCGACAGCGGCUACGACUGUUGCCCGAGAACGAAACAAAGACCCAGAUGUAUGGCCCUUUCGCUUUCCCCAUUUCCCGUGUUUGUAUGGCUACUUUGAGUAA